ACAAAAUUUGGACGUGGUUCGAGAUUUCAAGCCAGAUUUGGUCGUUCUCAUCAUCGGCACAAAUGAUCUUUCAUCAGUAGACAAGUCCCCAAAUUCGGUUAGUGCUGCAAUUAUGGAUUUAGUGGACACUUUGUUGUUUAUUGAGCAGGUACGGUCAGUCAUCGUUUCCUCCAUAUUAUUCAGAAAGCUGAACAAUCAACAUAAUCGUCAUGCGGUGGACAUUCCUUGGUUCAACGAGUUUACGAAACAAAUGUACUUCUUGAAUCAAAGAUUAAGGAUUGUGCCCACCAGCGAGUGCGUUACUGGGUACCCAAAGGUUUCUGGUCGGGCGAGGCUUUAGCAGAGGUUCUAAGUAGUGAUGGGGUCCAUUUCUCGUACAAAGGUCAACAAAAGCUGUACAACAACAUCCGAGCUGCGGUGGUUGCGGAGUUGAAGGCUAGCCAGCUAGGCUGUUAAGAUAUAUGAGGGCUAAACGGAAAGCAAUAGCCACCACAUCAUCGUGUCCAUGCUGUCCACCAAAGGCCAAACAAUCUAGACAGCAGACAGGGUUGGAAACAAAAACCACCAACUCCAAUGUUACUAACGGUGUUACCACACAUACAGUUAACACGCGCAGUGGACACAAAAAUGCUCAAGUUAAAUAUAAUAGGCAUAAGGAAACGCAACAUGAUUUAGUUGUUCCUCAGGUUACAAUAGAUCAGUCAAGAAAAAACAAACGAACCAAAAAGACUAAGAAAAACGGUGCUAGCACCACAAAUAAUCAGGAGAUUCACAAGUCAAAUGACUCUGGUCCCAAUCAUUUAGGUAUGCCAGAGCAUCAGGAUGUUCAGCAUCAACAGAUAAACCUAGUGGAGGCUCAACAAAAUGACUUUGAUCCAUAUGUACCUCCAUACAGUGAUGAGGGAACUGAGGAUUCAGAAUAUUCCGACGGGUCAGAGGAGGAAGUUGGGCAGUCUGUAGGGGAAGCCAUUAACCACCAUGUCAGGGACAUUUUUUCUGGAGGUAAUAGGCCUCUAUUGGUUGAACCGAUUUCAACAACUAUUCAGUCUCAGAUUCCGCGUAAAAUUCAGAAAAGUAUUUGGGCAAAUAAGUACAUAGAUACGGCAGUCUUAUAA